AUGUCAUUCGGUCAAGGUGGAUGCAAUCCCAAUGAAGGGAUUGAUGAGUUUUAUGGUGGUAUCAAUCCUCAGUGGCCGUCACCGUAUGGAGCAGUUAGCAAUCCGUACAAUGCACCUCCACCAUACCAAGCUUCGGCAAUUCUCACGCCAAUCAGUCUUCCAGACAACUCAUACGCUCAUACUCGGACUAGCCCAGUCCUCAGUCACCACUCGCAAGAGUACCAAUAUCCGGUUUCCGACUCUGUUGCACAUCACGGACUUGGGAUUACCACUCCCUAUCCAAGCGAGCUUACCCGGGACCCUCACUAUGGCCUCGGUAUUGCACCCAGCGGAUACGGGAUUAGAGAGGAGACUCUCUCGCCCCAGCCGUCACAGAGAAGGGCCAGGCGAGAAUCUAGGCCCUCAGUGACGCGUGAUCCACCAGUAACCAUUCUUCCACAUCCGGAAGGGCUCCAGCGCCUAGAAGAGCAACAGAGACAGAGCCUCGCGGGUCCAAGCAUUGAACCAGCCCGGGCAUCAGGACGCGGACGACGAAACCAGCAAGCAGAAGAGGAAGACGCCUAUGUGUACAAUCUCCGCCAACAGAAACUGGCAUGGAGAGUGAUUCGGGACAUGUACCGGGAGAGAUACAACAAAGACGCUACCGAGGCCCGCCUGCAAAUGCGACAGCGCAGACGCAGGGAACGAAUGGCCCGAUGGGAUGACCAUGAUGUUCGGAUACUUUUACAGGCUAGGGAUUUCUGGGAACAGGAGAAAUACAAGUUAAUUGCGCAGAAGAUGUCAGAACUAGGCGCCAACACUACAUAUACCGCAGAGCAGUGCGAAGCGCAGUUAGAAAACAUUCAAGCCCAGGAACGUGAACGAGAAGAGCAAGAGCAAGAAGAUAUCACCCCACAGGAACAGCCUCAAGCAACCGAACCUCGACGCAAGCGGCGACGAACUGAGCCGGAUGAGCUAAGAGAGAGCACCUCCCACCAGAGAAGAUCAAGAACGCAAGUCAACACGGCAUCAUAA